CCCAAGAACCCUAGCCGCCGCCGCCCUGCUCCCCCGCAUCCCGAGCCUCCGCCCUGCUGCUCCACAUCCGUCAACCGCGCCCUACUGCUCCACAUCCCGGUGCCGCCGUCCUGCUGCUUCUCCCCCCGCCGGGCAGGAGCCCCAGCCGACGCCUUGCUGUUGAGCGCCCCACCACCAGCAAGCGAGCAUGGCGGUGGCCAUGCUGGAGGCCACUUGAAUCGCGCAUCCUCGAGUGCCACUGCCGAAGAUUUGAAGUAACCCCGCAACAAUGUCAUCCCCGGCCCCGAAUUCUCAGUACAGUGGCAGCAAUGCUUUUAAUUUACAAAUUGUUGUGGAGGCCUUUUUCUGUACAAGUCCUGAUGGUAGGAAGAUUUAUGUGAAGGGAAGGAAUUUGCUAUGGACUGUAGUCGUAGAAAAGUUCAGCGUUGAUGCAUUAACACGCCAGCUAGCUUUAGAGUUGAACAUUGGCACUAAUCAAUUGGUGUUAGUUUCAUAUUUUGACAAAGUGUUGGGUGAAAAUGUCAGGCUGUUGCAUGAUGAGCAGCACUACUUGAUGUUUGAUAUGUAUGCAGCUGAGCUGAAAGUGCCACUUAGUGUGGUAGUGGUGGAUGUAAUUGGAUCUAGUGUAUUCAAUGGUGGAUCAAAAAUUGCAGAUUUUGUUCCUAUUAGUGUUGUGCCUAAUGAUGAUCCAUUGGUCAUGGGCACUCAAAAUUAUGCAAAUAUAAUCCAGCCGAAUGAUGCACAAGCAUACCUCCAGACCGACACUACUAAUUGUCCAACAACGCCAACUCAGCCUGCACCGCCUCCUAUAGUUGAGAGUGUCACAUCAGAGGUUGGAAGUACAAGCCAGCCUAAUGUGCCACAUGCUGACCAACAACAAGAACUUCAAAAUCCUUCCACUGAUCCAUUUGAUAACGAGGAGGAGUAUGUUGGAGUUGAUGAUGAACAUCUAGUAGGUGUUAGCAUUCCUGAACCUGCCGUAGUGCAAGCACUGGCUACAACACCUGAUGAGAAAGCUGAAGAUGAGGAGGCCGAAGAUGAUAUGGAUAUCUCUGAUGUUAAGCAUCUUAUCCAGCAGGAGGAAGAGGUUACUGACAUGCCUAUUCAGUACAAUGUGGCCACUGAUCCUUAUAAUGCUGACAUUAAAGUGGGGGCUCUUUUUCCUGACAUUGUAACCUUUAGAAAAGCAAUAAGACAUCAUGCUGUGGUAAAAGACUUUGAGCUAGCUAAAGUAAGGACUGAUUCUACUAGAUUCAUGGCUAAUUGCUCAUAUCCUAGUUGCCCUUGGCGCAUUCACGCAUCGAGGUUGCGUGAUCAACAAGUUGUCAUGAUAAAGAAGAUUCCCUCUGAGCACAAUUGCCCUACUACAAAGCUUGUAGACAGCAGAAUGGCAACACAAGGUUGGGUUGCAGAGAAGCUUGUUGAUUGGGUGAAGAAAAACCCAGGAGAGGGAGCAAAGGCAGCGAAAACUAAGUUGGAGGGCGACUUCAACUUCAAGCUGAAGUAUUCCAAAGCUUGGGCAGGUAUGAAGAUAGCUCUGGAACAAAUGCAUGGUAAAUAUGAGGAUAGUUUUCAAUUGUUGUUCAAUUGGAAAGCAGAGAUAGAGAAGAGAUGCCCUGGUAGUAUUGUUGAGAUUGAUUUGGUCAAGGAAAAAGAUAAGUACUAUUUCAAUAGUCUUUGUAGCUUUCAAACCCUGCAUAGAUGGUUUCUUAGCUGGAUGUCGACCAUACAUAGGAGUAGAUGCAACUGCACUGAAUGGCAAAUAUGUUGGUCAAUUAGCAUCAGCGACCGGAGUUGAUGGACACAACUGGUUGUAUUAUGUAGCAUAUGCCGUAUUUGAUUCAGAAACUACAGAAAACUGGGUA